UCAGUUUCGUAGGAAGAAUAUGGCUCUUCGGUUUGCAUAUGGGGUCCUCCUCUUUUGUCUGUUGCUCUUAAGGUGUGACCACAUCAGUGGAGCGAGGGAUGUUGCAAAAGAUUCUUAUGAAUCUGCUUACGGUACCAAAGAGAAUUUGAAAGAUCAGUCGGGUUACGCGUCAGGUUAUGCAGCUGCUUACCGGACUCAAAAGGUUGCAAAAGAUUCUUAUGAAUCUGCUUACGGUUCCAAAGAGAUUUUGGAAGAUCAGUCUGGUUACGCUUCAGGUUAUGCAGCUGCUUACCAAAAAAAAAAAGAUGCGAAAGACACUAAUUACAUCACUGCUUAUGAUACUAAAGAUCUAGACGCGAAAUACGCAGAGAUGGAGGACGUUCCCCAGGAUCAGAACCCUGCUAAUGAAGUGAAGGACGUAGAUGAACAACACUUGAAACAAGAGGAGGUGGCAAACCAAAAAGAGAUGAACCAACCCUACAUUGCUGGGUACACAAGCAAACAAGCAAAUUACAUUACUGCCUACCGAACCAGACAAGAUGGGGAAGAAACUUACCUAGCUAAUUAUGGUACAAAAGAAGACUCCAAAGACUCUGGGAUGAAGAAUAAAAAGCAGCAGAACCAUGCUCAUGGAAUGAAUGAUGUAGCUGAAAAACACUUGGAAAAAGUGGAGGCGGAUAACCAAAAAGAGAUGAACGAACGGUACAUAGCUGGUUAUAGAAACAAACAGUACUAUAUAGUUGGCUACAGAAACAGGCAGUAUAUAGCUGGUUAUCGAACCAGGAAAGAUGCAAAAGACAAUUACAUAACAGCUAAAGAAGCAUUGAAAAACUCUGGGAUGCAGUACAAAAAGCAUUGUGGCCAGAUUGAUAAUGAUGUGAAGGACGUAGCCGAUCAAAACUUGCAACAAGUGGAAGUGGCACAAGAAAAAGAGAUGAACCAACCUUACAUAGCUGGUUACAGACAGUAUGAGGCUGGUUACGGAAACAGACAGUAUGGGGCUGGUUACGGAAACAAACAGUAUGGGGACGGAAACAGGCAGUAUGCAAAAGACAAUUACAUUGCUGGAUACACAGGGAAGAGUGAUCAGGGCCCUUACAUUGCUGGCUAUAGAAGUGCGCAAGACGUGAAAGAGUUAGAUUACAUUAGUUCAUAUGGAGAUGGGAAAGACUCUAAAGAGUCGAGCAUGGUGCAUGAAAAUCAUAUGGCAGCAAAGCCAUCAUCCCAACUGGAUCGCUCGGAAGCAUUCAAGUCAGGCUUUUUCACCAUGGAUGAUCUAUUUGUGGGGAAGACAAUGCCCCUCCGCUUUCCCAUCCAAGAGUUUCCCCACUUCUUGCCAAGAGAAGAAGCCGAUUCCAUUCCUUUCUCAAUGGCCCAACUCUCAAACGUUCUUCAACUUUACUCAAUCCUUCCAGGUUCUCCCAGUGCCCAGGCCAUGGAAAACACACUCCAACAGUGCGAAUCUCUACCCACCAAGGGGGAGAUCAAGCACUGUGCUACCUCUUUAGAGUCCAUGCUUGGUUUUGUACACAACAUCAUGGGCUCAUGGGCGAACCUGGAUGUCCUAACAAUCACCCACCCCACAGUGGCAACUGUCUCGGAACAGAAUUACUCUGUUCUAAGAAUUUCAGAGGAAAUUUAUGCUCCUAAAUGGGUAGCUUGUCAUCCCUUGCAGUACCCUUACAAAGUAUUCUACUGCCACUUCAUAGAAAGGAGCAAAAUAUUCAAGGUUUUACUAGGGGGUGAGAAUGAACAUAAGGUGGAAGCAGUUGCUGUAUGCCACAUGGACACGUCUGAUUGGGACCCUGAUCACAUUCUCUUUCGCCAACUUGGGAUCAAGCCCGGCUCGACUUCUCCAAUAUGCCAUUUCCUCCCGGUAUAUCAUCUUGUUUGGGUUCCAUCACCAACACCAGCAACAGCCUCUAUCUAGACUAAGGGUAGCUCUGCUUCCUGUAUCUUGUGUAGAUGUCGAAUAAAGGUCAAUAACCUGUAACAUAGUGGACCUUGCGCUUCUGUACUGUGAUAGUACAUGUUUCUUUUUUCCUUAAUAUAAGCUUAUGGUGGUGAUUAAUUUCCAGCUUCU